GCUGCAGAAAUGUCGUCGAUAUAAAAUAAAACUUCGAUGUCUAUACAGUAUGCAUGGAUGGUCCCCUAAAGUAGAACAUACAUUUUGGGCAACAGAGAACCUAGUUUAUUCUGACCUGAAUAAAAACAUGAACAUAACUUGGACCUCUCCAACAGAUCGACCAAGUGUUGAUGUAUAUUUUGAUAGUCUAGUAGACACACUGAAAAAAAUAUUUGCGAAUGAAAAUCCAAUUGAUAAUCCCCAGAAAUACAGGAAUCUGAAUAAAAAUGGCUUGAAUAUUCAGUUCACCUUACAAGACGCUUUAAUUUCUGACGUUGGGUUGUACAAGUCCGCACCAGCUUCCGACAUCACAGUUAUUGAUGAAUGUGCCUUAUUAGUGAUUACAGAGAACCCCAAGACUCCAUAUAUGACAUAUGAUAAACAACCUUUUGUUGGAAGUACAAGUGUAUUCAGGUGCUCAUCUGCAGUUAAACGACAUCCUAUGUAUCUUCCAAGCCAUUUGCGAUACACCUGGUCUGCAGUCGGUAUUAAACAGGACAAUACAUUAAGCAUAAAUCCAAUUACAAAGUCUGAUAAAGGCAAAGCUGUAUCAUGUACUGUAACUGACGAAAGGGGGAAAGUUUCUGCCUCCAGCAAUACAGUCAGUUUAGAUCCCUACUAUGGUCCUGAAUCUAUAAGACUUUCAACAGACUCCGAAUCAGUGAAUGUUACAGUAGGAAGUCGCUUUAUUGUAACUUGCUUCGCAAUAUGUCAUCCCAAAUGUUAUUUUGCUUGGACACGUCUUUCUGACGGGGUUAUCUUAGACAUUACAAAUAAUCAAACAUACACAAUCACCGCUGUAUCUCAAAAUGAUGCUGGUAUUUAUUCAUGCGCGGUUACACAUCAAAAUGAUACCGCAAGAAUAGGAAGUAUUGAAGUUACAAUAAUUGUUCAUGAAAAAGUGAUUGAAGUAUCAACAGAAGAAGCUGAAAUCUUAAGAACAGAAACAACGUCGGUAGAUUUUACAAGCCAUUCAAGCUCAGAAAAUGUGACACAAAUCCCGGAUGAAGAUUCCAAUGAAAAAAACCGACAAACUGAACACGGUGUCAUCUCAAAAGAGAUUAUCAUUUAUCCAAUUGUUGGUGUUGUUGUAAUUAUUGGUAUCGUAGUUCUGAUACUGGUAUUCUUGCGUCGACAUCGCAACUCUUCCCAAAGAACUGAAAAACCGUUUGAAGAACCUGACAAGCGAAUAUCAACAGUAUCAGCCAUAUAUGAUACAAUUGAAGAACAAAGGGAGCUUACUACAAAUAUGUAUAAUCCAAAUUCAGAAUAUCUGGAUCCAUUUCAUGAAUUAGCUUCUUCUAGGACAGAUCCAAAAUAUGUUUUCAGUGAUCUUUUGCACAGACACGGAGAUGCGAGUAUAUCAGAAUCAAACGUACCAUCAAAUGAUAAAACAGAUAUCGAGACAGUUCCCAAGUCUCUAAAUGAUCCAAAUAGUUUUCAAUCAAUUUCGAAUCCAAUCAGAUAUGGAGAUGUCGAUAAUUAUUGGUCAAACGAAAACAGUGACAACAGUGACUACCUGAGACCCGUAAACUUCAACAACCGAUAAGUCAGCUUUUGAUUUAAGAAAGAAAGUGACUCAAAGUGUGUAUACACGGUAAUGUUUGCAAAUCAAUUCGUUUAGAAUGUAAAUACGGAAAAGAUAAUUCGUUUGACCUUAAUACAUUAUGAAUGUUCUAUCUGUAUCAGU